UACUCCAUCAGAAAUAAAUCUGGAAAAGAAAGGUGGUGAUGUGAAUUUGGAACUACUAAAUGGUGUGGCUGAGAUGAGAUUGAAAAAUAAAGUGGAAAAAGAAGAUGAAGAUGACACAUUAUUUAAUGUGGACCCUAUAAUGCCUGAUAUGGAUUUACCAUCUCUUUGUUUAAACGCUAAAACGGAAUAA